UCCCUGCGCGGCUGCGCCGUAUUCAAUACCCCGGGCACCGUGCUCCCCGAUCGAGCAACCAGCCAGGCAGCCAGCUACACACUCCUUCCCAGUCGCUCUAUUUCACUGCCAAGCCACACUGCCAUCCAACCAGCUGCAGGAAUUUCUUCCCCAGCAGCACGGCAACAAGCGACUGAAGCGAGCGAGAUGACUCGGGGAGGAGGCGGCGCAAGCGCGAGCGACGCCAUCGUCGCCAUGGCGUUCACCAUCGCCUGCUUCUGCUGCUCCAUCCUCGCCGCCGACGCGGGCACCACCUACUACGUCGGGGACAGCAACGGCUGGUCCUUCGGCAGCCCCAGCUGGCCCAACGGCAAGCACUUCCACGCCGGCGACACUCUCGUGUUCAGGUACGUCCCCUGGAUCCACAACGUGGUGGCGGUGGACGAGGACGGGUACAACGGCUGCACGACGCCGCCGGGGUCGCGGACCUACACUUCCGGCAACGACCGCGUCACGCUCGCCAGGGGGGACACCUUCUUCCUCUGCACCCGCUACGGCCACUGCAACCUCGGCAUGAAGCUCGUCGUCUACGCGGCGUGAGCAAGCCUUGCCGGCGGCGGCCAGCCGGCCGCGGUCGGCUUCCGUUGUGGCGGCACCGGGGUGAUUUAGUGUUUAGUCUCGGUUCUACAAGCUAUGAGUGCUUGCUGCGACUCUGUCCGCGUGUUGACUGACUGGAUGUGCUUUGUU